AUGUCACCCGAUGAAGAUGACCUUUUCUGGGUGAAACCUGGUGAUGUCAAAUCUUUUGGCGAAGAUCAAGAAAUGAAGUCGAGUUCCAAGAGUUCAUCGACAAGGAGGCGUGUAGAAAAGAAAACUAAGGUUAGAUGGACAAAAGAUUUGCAUAAGAAGUUCUUGGAAGCCGUUGGAAAGCUUGGAAUUGAUAAAGCCGUCCCCAAGAAAAUCGUAGAACUGAUGAAGGUGGACGGUUUAACAAGAGAUCACGUAGCCAGUCAUUUGCAGAAAUAUCGUAUCUUAUCGAAGAAAAUAACUAAUGCAAGUUUAAACAAUCGUGUUCAAACUGCUUCAAAACCAAGCUUGUUAGAGAGCUCAAUGACUAAUGACGCCUCUUGGAGCCAAUCUUCAUUGAUGCUUAAUCAAGAACAAAUGAAUCAGCCAUCUUGUGGAAUGCAUCCUAUUAGUCCUCUUAUUUUAGACACUUCAAGCUCCUAUUUUCUUACUCUUGAUGCUUCUAAAUUCAACACUACAAAAAAUGGUUAUUUCACGCAAGCGAUGACCAACAAUCUUAAUCUUGAGAAACAAAGGAACUUUGUCGAUGAUACUACUAAUUCGAGUGUAGUGAACUUGGUGACUUCUAGUAAUACUGGAUUUGUGCAGUAUCCUGAAACAGGCUUCUUCCAUGAUUAUGGUGGUUGUUCAACAGAAGUACAAACAUAUAAUAAUUUUGAAAAGGGUUCAUCAGGUGGUGUGCCAUAUUCUAGCAAUCCACCUUUUGUGCAGAACCCUAAUAUCUUCGAAAUUAGCAACUAUUCUAGUAAGAAAGAAUCUGUUGAAAUUGGUUCCUUGUAUGGUGCUAGCUCAAACAUUAAUCUUGAAAAUGGGUUUUCAGAAGAUGAUAUGAUAUUGAGUGAAGAUGAUAUGGCUAAUCUUUUAUCAUUUGCUGAUGAUUAUAAUCUAACAGCUUCUCAUGAUCUAUCGAAACAGCACUUGAUGGAUGAGCAAUUCGUGGAGCCCGUUUGGAGUCCUACCCUGUUGCAGACGAUACGACAGUUCAAGGCCUAA